AAAAGAAGUUUCGUUGGUUGCAUCACCCGUGGAGAUGAGAAAGGUCGGAACUCCACCUAUCCAGAUCCUUGCCGUAGAGCUCGUAUCUUUGGCACAAGGACGCCAGGAAUCCACCGUAUGUGAUGCCUAAAGGCGGAUUCGUGUGGAGGGGGUCAUUCUGCGGGAAUGAAGAGGGUUGGAGUCGAGGGAUUCUUCUCUCGCUGCUGAAAUGCUGAUCGAACUAUCUUACUCAGAGUACCUGACGGAAAGAUCGCCGGAGUUGGCCUGGUUCCCCGAAGAUGGCGAAGCACGGAAGGCGCCCUGUAAACAAGUAUGCAUUUGCCACCGCCGUGCUCUCGACUGCGACACCCCUCUUCUUGGGCUACGACCUGGCCAUGGUGAGCAGCACGGCCGUGCUCGCCGAGGCCGACCUGAAGCUCCUAGCGUGCAUCGUCGUGCUCUCCUCCCUCGUGGGCGCGCUCACCGCCAUGGUAGCGCAGUGCCUCAUCGGUGACCGCCGCACCGUCCUCCUGUCCGCCGUGGUGCUCUGCGUUGGCGCGCUCACCAGGGGGCUCGCCGCCGGCCCCGCGGCGUUCACGGCCGGUGUCUUCGUCGACGGCAUCGGCAUGGGCCAGGCGCUCAUGAUCGUCCCGGCGUACGUCGCCGAGCUCUGCUCCUCCUCGCUGCGCGGCGCCCUCACCUCCCACCCGGACGGCUUCGUGUACCUCGGCUGCAUUCUUGGCUCCCUCUGCUACUCCACGGGCUUCUCGAAGCUCCCGGCGCACCUCGCCUGGUGGCUGACCAUAGUCUCCGGAACGGCCGUUCCGACCUCGCUCACCUGCGCCGUCCUUCUCAUGCCGGAGUCGCCCCGGUGGCUCGUGGCCAGGGACCAGAUGACCAAGGCCCGGCGCGUGCUCUCCAGGACGUCAGCGACGCUGGAGGAGGCAGAGCUCCGUUGGCUUGAGAUAAAAGCCGAGCUCGGCACACCGCACGAUGGCAUCGAAGAGACGGUGGCAACGUCGGUGAGACGUAACCGGUGGAAGAAGGAGUGCGCGAUAUGGCGGGAGCUGCUGGCGAGGCCGACGGAGCCUCUCCCCCGCGCGGUCGUCAGCGCGCUGGUCGCCAAGGUCUUCGCGUCCGCCAUGGGGUCCAUGUCCCAGUACGUGCAGCGCGGCUUCCUCGACGUCGGCGUCUCGUCCGCCCGGCAGAUGCCGAGGGCGCUGCUGGCGUUCGGGAUCGCCGUGGUGAUGUCCUUCUCCGUGUCGCUGGUCCUCGUGGAGCUCGGUUUGCUGCUGGUGACGGCACUCGCAGGUAGCCGCGCGCCGUCCCACCCCCUGCCUCACCGCGGCGGCGGCCACGUCGGCAUGACCCGGCGGCAAGAGCAGCUGAAGCGGUCGAGGGGGCUGUCCGCGACCAUGCUGAUGUCGCUGAUAGCGCUGGUGUGGAUCGCGCCCGGGCCGGCGCAGUGGGCGGACGCAUCGUCGUCGUCGUCCGGCAGCAGCCGGUGGCUGGGGGCGGCGGCGGCCAUGGUGGACAGGGCGUUGGUCCUGUGGAGCUUCGCGAGGGCGUACGGUGCCAGCUCCGUCCCCGUGCACGGGAGCUUGCUCGUUUGCCCGGCGGUCGGCGUGCUCGUGUGGUUCUUGUUUUGUGCGUGCCUUCUCGGCGCGAGGAGGCGAGCCAGCUUCAUUCACGUACGGUCUUUCCCAAUAACCACGUCCGCCGCUAGUCUAGCGAGCUUGGUUCACGGCUGAACGGGCGACGGCGCCGGAGGCAAGUAGGAUGGGUUGCCGCCGGUCGUUGGCGGCACGAUGCUAGCGAUUGCAUUCUUGCAUUUCUCCUGUGCUGACGAGGACCGGAGAGCCCGCAUGCAGUCGGUGUCCUCGUGGAUGUUCGUGCGCGAAUGGAAAAUGUUACUAGUAAAUUUGAGAACA